AUGGAGGCUGCGCUGGCCGAGAAGGGCACCAACCUGCAGCUUUGGGCGACCGAGGCGCUCGACGCCGGGGAGAAGCUGGCCGUGGCCCGGUCGCGGUGCACCGCCCUGGAGGCAGAGCGGUCACGGGCCGCCGUGGGUGCUGAGGAGUGGCGCCAGGCCUACGAAGAGGAGGCGACUCGACGGUGGAGAGAGCGCGUUUCACGGCAGAUGAUAGCCGAGAGGCUCGUCCAAGGGAUGAGCCAGGCGUGCGAGUACGAGCGGGCGCGCAGAUUAUGUGCCGAGGAGACCUUGGCGAGGAGCCGCGCGCACGUCGCCACCUUGAUGGCGAUCGUCGACCACCUGACGACGAGCUUCGAGCUGGGGGCCACAGGCGCCGAGAACCUCCGGGCCCGCAUCGACGAGCUCGAGGCUGCCGCAGGGGCGGGGGGCGAGGCAGGAGUCAGCACCGCGGAUUUCGUCGCGGAGCUACGCGCCGUUGUCUGCCAACCCCCAGCCGACGGGGGACCGUGGCGGGGCGGCGCGGUCGGUUCCGCCGGCGCGUUCGGAUCGGCCAUCAUGGUCGGGGUGGGCCAGAACGACGGCUACGUGGGCGACGGGGCGCAGAGCAGGCGCGGCGUGCUGACGCUGAAGUACCCAAUCGAGCACGGCAUCGUGACGAGUUGCGACGAUAGGGAGAAGAUUUGGCACCACACGUUCUACGCGAUGUACGAGGCCAUCCCGGCAGUGCUCUCGUUGCACGCUUCCGGCCCUGCCACUUGUAUCGCGACGGACUCGGGUGCCGAUGUGUCGCAUGGGGUGCCAAUCUACGAGGGUUAUGCCUUGCCGUGCACCAUCUUGCGCCUUGACCUGGCCGGCCGCGACCUCACGGGGUACCUGAUGAAGGUCGCUGACGUUACGGAGAAGCUCUGCUACGUUGCCCUCGUCUGUGACACUGAGAUGCAGGCUGCCACCGAGGUUGGGGACGAGGAGAAGGCGUACGAGCUUCCGGGCGGCAGCAUCAUCACCGUGGGCAGCGAGCGUGCCCGCUGCCCUGAGGUGCUAUUCCAGUCCAGCUUCACCGGCAGGGAAGCCAGCGGCAACCACAACACCCCCUUCCAGUCCAUCAUGAAGUGCGACGUCGACAUCCGCAGGGACCUCCACGCCAACGCGCUUCCGUCUGGCGGCAUCACCCUGUUCGCCGGGAUCGGGGAGCGCAUGAACAAGGAGCUAUCCGCCCUGGCGCCCUCGACGAUGAGGAUCAAGAUCGCGGCACCGCCCGAGCGUAAGUACCCCAUGUGGAUCGGCGGGACCAUCCCCCUCACGCAGAGCGCUUCUCAGCAGGAAUGGGCUACGAGGGGCGAGUACGACGAGUCUGGCCCCACCAUCGUUCACAGGAUCGUCAUCCGCGAGGCAGCGAUGGGAGGUCCAGCCGGGCUGAACGAGGACGGCGGCUUGGCCAUGCCUGGGCGGGACGCGCUCGCGAGGCGCCGCUCGGAGCGGGCAGCCGCCGUGGCGGCGGGAGGGGCGCCAGCGGAGGCCAAGCAGUGCCGGUUGACGGACGUGCUCGAGACCUGGGAGGUCGCGCGGUUGGAACGCGAUGAGUUCCCCCGCGAGGCCCGCGAGGCCCUCGAGGUGGGGCAGCAACUGUUAGUGGGGGCUCGCCGCCACCCCGCCGCGGAGCAGGCGCGGGGCCUCAUGGAGAUCGGAUCCGAGGCCGAGACGGACGUGGAGGCCGACGAGGGCACGCACAAUGAGGCAGACGUUUCUCGGUUCAGAUGCCUGGCUGCCCGUACCGCCCAGCCGGCGCUGGUCAUGCAGGCGAGGCUUAGCCGCGGGGGCACGAGCCUUAGGGGCGACGUCCCAGCGGCGGAGCUGGCGGUGGCUGAGGACCUUACUGGUCGCAUACCUCCGGACCACAUGGAGGAUCGCGCGCGCACCCUGGCGAGGUGCGGGGCCGUGCCCUCUAUCACGGGCACGCGGGUGCUCGACAGCACGUGGCGCGCUCGCAUCCCGGAGCGCGCCUGA